AUGACCCCACCCCUCCCUCACACACUGCACCUGACGUACAGAGUGUUUCCAUACGCUGCCUUCGGCCUGGAGUGGCGUCUGCUGGACCUGGCAUCACCUCUAACAUCGGCCUACACUGUCCCGGGACAACACGGGGAGCCAGAAACAAGCCACAGCAGAUUCCUCUCACUACCAGUUGCUAGAGCGCGGAGCCAGAGCGCGCACACGGCCAAGCGGAGCCGAACCAUGGAGCUCUUCCCGGGAACUAGACCUUUACUUUUCCUCUCUGUGCUCACCCAUGGCUUCCUGCUCACGCUACAGACCAAAGAAGAAGUUCUCCUGGACAUGCGGGCCACUGGAGGGGAGCUGGGGUGGCUCACUUGGCCCCUAGACCAGGGAGACAAGCCCGGGUGGGAAGUGGUGCAACGGACUCUAAAUGGUUCCCAGUUCUACACAUACUCGGUGUGCAAUGUGGGAGAGCGGGAACAAGACAACUGGCUUCGAACUACUUUCAUCCAGAGGCGACCUUCGGCCUCGCGGGUUUUCGUGGAGCUACAGUUUAUCGUGAGGGACUGCAACUCUUUUGACGGAGCCUCGCUGACCUGCAAAGAAACCUUCAACCUCUUUGCUUCGGAGGCGGACGCAGAUGUCGGGACCACGUUUCGAAAAGGCCAGUUCAAGAAAGUCGCCACGAUUGCCCCGGACGAAAUCACGAGCAAAAACGAUCUACGCAUCAACACAGAAACAAAAGUGGUGGAAAACCUGUCGAGGAAAGGGUUCUACUUGGCGUUUCAGGACAUUGGGGCGUGUGUGGCUCUGCUCUCAGUUCGGGUUUACUACAAGACGUGCCCUGCUACCCUCAAGAGUCUGGCGUCUUUCAGGGAAACGGUGGCAGGAGGAGAGAAUCAGGCUUUGAGGGAAGUCAUCGGUGAAUGUGUGGAAAAUGCCGUAAGCGAAGAGCAGCCGCGGAUUUACUGCACAACGGACGGCGAGUGGGUGGUGCCUGUUGGGCAGUGCCAGUGCAAACCUGGAUACGAGGAAGUCGGAAAUGCCUGUAAAGGUCUGAGGGAUCAUCACUCCCCGGGCUGCGGCCAGCACUGUGGGACUGCUGAGGUUUUCAUAGCGAUCUGA